AACUGCGGCUCUUCCGAGCGGAGCGUCGCGGAGAGUCUAGACGGCUGGGUUGAUCUGGACCUGCGGAUCUGAGCUCAGGUUCGCGUUUAAACUCCACCAUUUUUAGAGGUCACCCCGGGUGCAGUCAUGAGCAUGCACGGCUCGCAACGCAGCCUCAGCAUGAUGGGACGCCGCACGGGAUCGCGUAGCGAGCUGAACGCGGCCGCCGCGUAUCCGUACGCGCGGAGCGAGGUGGUGGUGCAGCGGGGGAAUAAUGGUUUCACCCAGGAGCAUGCGGAGGGAUUCAGCCACAGUUUCUCCAGAGGCUCGAUGAGCGGCGGCCAAGUCCCCAACAUGAUGCCUGUGCAGCAGCAGAUAUCAUUUCUACAGGCCCAGUGUCAGGAUUACCUGGACAACACAGCGUUAAUAUUGAAGUCUGGUGGAGAUGCCAACGCAGCUCAAAACUGUCUGGCGUCUGCUGCUGAUAUCACUGACCAGCUCAGAGGCUUUGCUAUAGACCUGAAACAGCAGAGACUGCCGUCUGAGAGCGUGAUGCAGAGUGUGAAUAUAUUUUCUGAGCAGAUCAGAGAUCUCAGCAUGGCUCUGAACGGUCCUCCGCUGCAGCAGAAGUGGGGCAGCAGGACGAUGCGGCGCAGCACGAGCCGGGAAGAGCCCAACCGCUUCUUCACCGAGGCCAUGGCCUGGAUCCUACAGCAGAGGAGGCUGAUAGAGACGUUGUCGUGGGGGGAUGAUUUGCUGGCUGUCGAGCAGCAGAUAGCCAAUCACAGCACGUUUCACAGCUCCAUCCAGAGAAGUGUGGAGGUGGAUCGAGCGCGGACGGAUCUGUUGCGAGGCAAAGACCAAAACGCAGACGUAACCAAAUCCUGUCUCAACAAACUGGAACAGGAAUGGGACAGUCUACUGAAAGCCUCGUACCAGCAGAGCGUCCAGCUGCAGGACCUGCGUAACAUCAUCGAGGAGGUCACCAGCCAGAUCAUGUGGGUGAACGACCGAGAAGAGGAGGAGCUGGUGUGCGACUGGGGCGACAAAAACAUCGACGUCUACAUCCCGCAGAGACAGGAGAGCUUCUCAAAACUCAUGAGUGAACUGGAGCAGAAGGAGAUACAACUGAACCUCCUCAAAGCGAAGGUGGACAGCCUGCUGAAAAACAAACACCCGGCGUCUGAUAAGAUCCAGGCUUACAUGGAGACGCUGCAGACGCAGUGGAGCUGGCUGCUUCAGAUCACCAAAUGCAUUAACGUCCAUCUGAAGGAAAAUGCACAAUACAGCCAGUUCUUCAAAGAGGCGUGCGAAAUGAACAGCAAACUGCAGAAAGAGCACGACAACAUCCGCAAGAACUUCUCCUGCGAUAAAUCCACAGCUCUACACAACUUACUGGAGCUACUGCAGGGCCUGGAGAGAGAGCGUGAGCGUUUGACGGAGCAGAGGGAGAUGGUGCAACAGCUGGUGCUCAAAUCCAAGAGCAUCGUCAGACUGAAACCCAGAAACCCAGACGAGAAGAUCACGGGUCAAAAUAUCCUCGUGCAGGCGCUGUGUGACUUCAGACAGGACGAGAAGACGAUCCGUAAGGGCGAUGAAGGGAUCCUGAAGGAUAACUCUGAGCGAACCACGUGGCAGGUGACGGGACCGGGAGGGAUGGACAUGCAGGUGCCUUCGGUCUGUCUGUUAGUGCCGCCACCCAAUCCACUGGCCAUCAGCCUGGCCAGCAAGAACUCUCAGUAUUAUGAGGCCAUUCUAACGGUGUGUAAUCAGCUGUACAUCAAUGUCAAGAGUAUGAUCUCAUGGCAGUACUGUGUGCUGGACAUCAACCGCAUCAAUUCACUCACCAUCAACAUGCUUUCCAAAAUGACUCCAGAAGAGUACAGCAGCAUCAUCCGAAGUCUGGAGAUGCACUUUCAGGAGUUCAAGAAACACUCGCAGGGUUCAGAGCUGUUCGCGGCCGAAGACCACAAACAGAUGGAGAGCCAGUAUACAGGAGCCCAGCAGCACUACAGCAAGCUGGUGGUGGAUCUGCCUGUGUACGCCGCUCGAGGAGAGGGAUCUGAAUACGCGGCGGCCGUGAGCGUCAAACUACUGAACGAGCUCAGCGCGCUCCGAUUCAAACUGGACGGCGCCGAAGCGUCCCUCGUCACGUUCCUGUUCAUCACGUUAGGAGAGGACACGCCGGAGGAGUGCGGGCGUCACAUCGCCGGCACACAGGUCUUUCAGAAGGACAUGCAGACGCUGAAGGUGGAGUUUCAGAGCCUGAGAGACAGCAUUCAGACCGAACUCAAAGACGCCACGGACAGUGAUAAAGCCAGAUACCUGCGCGCACAGCUGGACCUCAUUAACCAGAGACUAGUUCACCUGGAGAACUACACUACUGCACACCUGCAGAGGCUGAAUUCACUGAAAUCGCUGCUGAAAGAUCUGCUGAAAGCUGAAGAUGUGGUCAAGGUUUAUGAAGCUCGACUGACGGAGAAAGAGACGGCGUCGCUCGACCCGGAAGAGGUGCAGAAAUACCAGAAAGUGCUGCAGAGUAUGCGCAGCGAUUUGGAGCAGAAGCAGGAUUUGCUGAAUUCACUGGUGGCCGAUUUCAAUAAAGUCCAACAGUACAACGAACAGGCGGAUCAGGGCCGUUACAGGUGCAUCAUCAACCUCUCCCAGUACGCCGAGCACUUCAACCAGCUGUCAGACCGCUGGAAACGCAUCCAGAUACAGAUCAACAACAGGCUGGACGAUCUGGACGCUUACCUGCCGCAUCUGCAGCGAUACAUGCAGUCUAGUUCUCGUCUCGGCGGCUGGAUCGACGAAACCCAGCGACAGAUCGAUUCUCAGCAGCCCGUCAAGACGGAGGACAUCACAGUUUACACACAACUGCUCAACCAACAGAAAGCAUUAAACUCUGAUGUAAAGGCGAAGCGAGAGCUGUUGGAGACGGUGCAGAAAGACGGAGAAACCUGCAUGAACGCCUUCAAGAACUAUGAGCUUGAGUUGGCAACUUACAGCGCUGGACUGGAAACUUUGCUUAACAUCCCCAUCAGGAGGACUGUGCUGCAGUCACCAUCUUCCACCAUUUCAGAGGAGGUCUCUUCUCUAAAUGCACACUACUUAGAAUUGCUCACCCGUUCAAACGAUAACUACAAACUUCUUAUGGCUUCCCAGAAGAACAUGGCAGAACUGAAGAUACGGAAUACCAGGAUUGAGCUGCUCGAGGAGGAACUUCAGCAGCUGAGAGAUGCCAUUAAGGAUCACACUUCCACGAAUGCAUCUUUGCAGGAGACUCUUCUGAAAUAUCAACAGGAGCUGAAUGAAUCACAAACACACCUGCUAUCUCUGGAAGAAGUGAAGAGGACUGAGACUUUGAAGUGCAUGGCCACACAGGACAGCCUGGACUCUUCAACCGACCGCCUUCAAGGGCUAACAGAUGACGUACGUCGCCUCAAACUCCAGUUGGAUGAUAUGGAGAGGAAGAAAAAAGUUGUGGAAGAGCGCUACCAGUUUUUGCAGGAAGAACACGAUGAAACUAUGCGCAAGAAACUCAAGGAACUGGAGCAGGCCAGCUGGGCCAAGAUGGAGCUGGAAAAGACUGUGUCUGACAGGACCCAAGAGUUGGAGCGUCUGCGAAGGGAGUUGGAAGAUGAGGCUCGGCGCGUCAAGGAGGCACAGGCAGAGCUGGCAAAGACUUCCUCUGUGAUCCAAACAUCCCAAUAUCAGUGCAGCAGCCUGCAGCAAGAGCGGGAUGACCUCCUCAAGAAAAUGGCCGCAAUGGAACAGGAUAUGAUGCGCUUGAAAAAGCUGGAAGAUGAACUAGCCCGUAUCAAACUCUCACUGGAAUCAGAACAGCGACUCAAAUCACAGCUGCAGGAGGACAAUGAGAGGAUCAAGAAGGAUUUUACCCAAUGGAAGACCAAAUGUGCAACUCAUGAGGAGCAAAUUCGACAGCACAACUCAGAGCGCUCUGGCUUGGAGAGUCAAUUUAAUUCUGUCAAGGCUGAGAUGGAGAGGCUGAGGACGCAACUGAAGGAGACUGAAGAACGCUACAGGCUGCUCUUGCAGAACUUGGAACGAGAGAGGGCAGAGAUGCAGGGGCUUCAAGAAUCACAGCAGAAGGAGUUGCUGAGACUGCAGCGGAAACCAGAUGACGCUACCAAAUACACUCAGACAGACCUAACGGACCCCUCCUCACUGGUCUUCGAAGGUGUCCGCAAGAAGGUCACAGCGCAGCAGUUGCAUGACUGUGGUGUGAUUGACAAGGUGACAUUUGAGCUGUUGAUGAAGGGCCAGCGGACUGUCAAGGAUGUAUCUGUUGACAUCAGGCUCAAUCUUAAAGGCACUGGAGCCAUUUCAGGGCUGGCAGCAGGACCUAAAGGCAAAAUGACCUUCACCGAGGCCAAAAAACAAAAAUUGAUUUCAGACGAGAGUGGAAACAUGUUGCUGGAGGCUCAGGCUGCCACAGGGUACAUCAUAGAUCCCAGAGCUAAUGUGAGGAUGACUGUUGAGGAGGCUUGUCUGAAUGGACUUGUGGAUGAAGCUGACAAGAAACAGCUGUUGACUGCAGAGGCUGCCUGUGUUGGGUUCAGGGAUCCCAAAACUGGGAAACUCUUGCCAGUUUGCCAAGCCAUGAAGAAAGGAAUAGUUAACCGAGAAACAGCUCUGCGUCUCAUGCAGGCACAAGAGGCAGCGGGAGGCAUCCUUGAUCCCAUCCUUAGCGUCUAUCUUUCCAAAGAUACCGCCAUGGACCGUGACCUUGUUGAUGAGGAUCUUUAUCACGCUCUAAAUGCCAGACCAGACUGCUAUAUUGAUCCCGACAAUGGUCUGCGUGCCAGCUACGUUACCCUCAAGAAGCGAUGCAAGGCUGAUUUCAGCACUAGCUUGCUCCUGCUUCCGGCUCCAGAGAAACCCAUAACUGUACAGGGACUGCGGCACGAAGUUAACGUAUCAGAUCUGGUGGAUGCAAAAUUGCUGCAACCUUCGGAUGUAGAUCAUUUGAGAGAGGGCAAGAUUACCAGCCAUGAUAUUGAACACAGGCUUCGGGCUUAUCUCCGAGGGUCAACCUGCCUUGCUGGGAUUUAUGACGAGGCCAACGACUGCACCUUGCCCAUCUACCAGGCCAUGAAGGAAGGGCUUCUGCGACAAGGCACUACCUUGGAGCUUCUGGAGGCCCAGGCCGCCUCAGGAUUUAUGAUUGAUCCCAUCCACAAUGAAUACUACACAGUCGAGGAGGCCUGUAAGAAAGCACUGGUGGGUGUGGAGUUUAAAGACAAGCUUCUGUCUGCCGAGAGAGCAGUAACUGGGUACAAAGACCCAGGCACCAACAAGAUGAUCUCGCUUUUCGAAGCCAUUGAGCGUGGUCUCAUCGAGAAAGGUCAUGGCAUUCGCCUGCUGGAGGCUCAGAUUGCAAGUGGUGGCAUCAUUGACCCUAAAAACAGCCACCGAAUUGAUGUUGAUGUGGCGUACCAAAGGGGCUACUUUGAUGAAGAGAUGAACCAGAUUCUGAAAGAUGAAGGAGAUGACACAAAGGGUUUCUUCGACCCAAACACAGAGGACAAUUUGACCUACUUGCAGCUAAAGAGCCGUUGCAUCGCUGAUAAGAAGACAGGACUAGUGCUUCUGCCCCUUUACGAUAAGAAAAAGAUGCAGCAGAAGAACUCCACAAGGAAGAGACGUGUACUGAUUGUUGAUCCUGAAAGUAAUAAAGAGAUGACGGUGCGUGAAGCCUACGAGAAGAAACUCAUAGACUACGAAACCUUUUUGGAAUUGUCUCAGCAAGAGUGCGAGUGGGAAGAAACAGUAAUCACUGCCCCAGAUGGCUCGACCAGUACAGCUAUAAUGGACAUGCAAACAGGCAUUCAGUACGACUUUAAAGAACUGCUUGCUAAGGGAGUGAUUGACCAAGAUGUCCUUGAUAAGUAUCGUUCGGGAAAUGUCACCCUUACAGAACUUGCAGAUAUGAUCACCAACAAGACGAAGAUGCUCAGCAACCCCCUCAGCUCCUCUGUCAGCUCAUCAUCUUUCACAUCCCAGACGACAAUGAAAAGCCAGAUAAUUCAAACUGAAACUGUUAAAACAGUCGAGAGUAUCUCCACUCAAGAUCCAAUCUCAACAAACACCGCCAAGCAUGUUUCCAGCAUGUCAGUUAAACUGACCCCAUUAGUGGAAAUGAUCGAGGAACAGAAUCCAGUUGGAGCAAUUUUUGACACAGAGAAGAUGGAGAAGAUCAGCGUAUGUGACGCGCUGAAGCGAGGAAUCAUCGAUUCCAUCACAGCGCAACGACUCCUGGAGGCUCAAGCUUGCACCGGUGGGGUUGUGAGCCCUGAAAACGGUCGCCGUAUUUCUAUUCAAGAAGCAACCCGACUUGGUGUCCUCGAUGACGACAUGGCUAGCAGGAUAAAACCUGCCCAGAAAGCAUAUAUUGGUUUCGAAGAUGUGAAAACUAAGCGUAAGAUGUCAGCUGCCGAGGCCGUCAAAGAAAAAUGGCUGCCGUACGAAGCUGGCCAGCGCUUCCUCGAAUUCCAGUAUUUAACCGGCGGGCUGUUCGAUCCAGAACAUGGGUGCAGACGUUCGCUCGAGGAAGCUUUGCAGCUUGGCUGGCUGGAUAUGAGAGCAGCUCAGAGGCUCCAGGAUACGCGCCACCACCCCAAGACCCUCACCUGCCCCAAGACCAAGCUGAGGAUAUCCUACAAGGAGGCUGUGAAAGGUUGCAUGACUGAGGAGAACACAGGUGUCCGCAUGCUUCCCGCCUCCACGGUUUCCUCACGUGGCAUCAGCAGCCCUUACAACCUCUCGAAUCCAGGAUCUGCCUCAGGCUCUCGAAGCGGAUCCCGUAGGGGCAGCGUAGACUACAGUUUAUCCCCCUCUUCGUCUUCCAGAUAUAGCAGCUUCAGCUACAGCAGAACCUCUUUCAGCUCCAGAUCACUGUCCUAAACAAUCAUUUUGUACUGUGCAAUGCUGUAUAACACAAUUAUCCAUCAAAGUAUUUUAAGAUAACAUUGUGAGAAAAUCAUUUAUUAUUGGAAAUGUGGAUGGUGUUCUAAACGAAUCAGCAUUUUUUAUCACCUUGUUUGGAAAUCUUAAGAAGAACCAAUAGCAUUUAAUGUUUCUUAAAUCUAUAUUGAAUGUAUUAAUACAAAACAUACACUUUUAAUUUUGUUUGCUUAUUCACAUUCUGGGAGUUCAUCUGCUUUUAAAUUUUAUUAAACAUAUACAAAAGUGGUUUAUAACACUAGAUUUUGAGUAAAGAUUUCACUUUCCUGUUUUGUUUUUACACUAAUACUACUUGAAUUGUAGUUUUUUUCUGAAAGUUUCAGUGCCUUCACUUUACCUUUGUACUAGUCUGAAUUACUCUGUGAAGUUACUUUCUAACACAGUGUCUGACAUUUUUUCUUACGGUUUUAUUGCUCAAAUAAAGAAAGAACUCAUAAAAUGUAUGGCUCAUGUGAAGAAUUAUGACUACGGUGUGAUUUUAUGUGUGAGAUUUUAUAUUUAGGAUUUAUUUCAUGCCUGAAACAAUCUAAUCCAACCCUGACCUCACAAUAUUUACUUUUAAAAUUCAAAACUGAACAUUAAUACUUUUAAUUCCAUUCAGUUAUUAGUGAUUACAUCCAAAGACCAAAGUGCAUGUUAAAGCAGGAAUAGGGAUUAACAAUUAUUAGGGUAUUAACGUCAUAUAUUAUUAUUUGUAUGAUUAUUAUUAAAAAUAACAAAAAGUGUUAUCAGUGCAGAUAAGUAACUAGUCCUAUUCAAGAUCAUCUCACAACCACUCAGAAGUUAUUAAUUGGUAUUACUUCAUAUUUUUUUAGAAUGCUGCUGUUGCCAAUAUUUAUUGGAAAAUUGCCUAGUUUGAUCGUGUCAACUAAUUUUAUCAUAAAGAAGGUAAAGGACAUUCACUUUAAGAUUUUACACACCUGUCUAUCCUCUCAGCUCUCCAAAUAUGCUGACAUUAACGAUGUUUGUACUUCAUGCAUUGAAAAUUAAUCUAAUUAUUGACUAAUCAUGUUAUAAUCAUAAAUAAAAAAGCCAGUAAAUUAUCUUCAAGCACCGUGGAAGAAUGUUUUUGCAUUGAAAAUGGUAUGUUUUAUGAAGACGUGGGUCUUUAUUUUACCUUUUAGUUUCCAUAAAAUAUUUUCCAAGCAUGCAGACUUCUAAUAAAAUA